CAGGUAGCGGCAUGCAGUGGUAGAUGCACAGUAGUGCUCAUGUGUGUGUGUGUGUGAGAGCAACAUUUGUUGUUUUUGCUUAAUUAAUCACCCGACAAUGAUUUGUCUCGGAUCCUUAAAUAUGCUUCUUCCCCUACCUCACACUCUGUCACUCUGCCUGCCUGCAUAUCCAUAGUGACACGAUUAUUAAUCCCACUUCAGUUACCUGGCACAGCUCGGGCAGAGCAGGGAACCAAUUGCAAUUGCAGAGACCAAGCAUAUCCAUAUCCAACGCAAAUUUUUUUUAAAUGAGUGUGCUACACUCGCUCGGGAUCCUACUCCUCCUGCUCACGGCGCCGGCGGUGGUGGCGGCACUGUCGGCGGACGGGCUUUCCUUGCUGGCCUUCAAGUCGGCGGUGACCGACGAUCCGUCCUCGGCACUUUCGUCGUGGUCCGACGCCGACGCGGACCCGUGCCGCUGGCUCGGCGUCACCUGCGUCAACACCUCGUCCUCGUCCGGCGACGGCGGACUGCGCGUCGUCGGGGUGGCCAUCGCCGGCAAGAACCUAUCCGGCUACAUCCCCUCCGAGCUCGGGUCGCUCGCGUUCCUACGCCGGCUCAACCUCCACGGGAACCGCCUGUCGGGGACCGUCCCCGCCGCGCUCGCCAACGCCACCGCCCUGCGCUCCCUCUUCCUCUACGAUAACCGACUCACGGGCCCGUUCCCGGCCGCGCUGUGCGGGAUCCCAAAGCUGCAGAACCUCGACCUGUCGCGGAACGCCUUCACGGGCGCGCUGCCGCCGGAGCUUGGGCGCUGCAAGCAGCUGGAGCGCCUGCUUCUCGCCGAGAAUGAGUUUUCCGGCAACAUACCGGCGGCGGCGGCGGCGGCGGCGGCGUCUGUCUCUGUCUGGCAGCAGAUGGUGCGCCUGCAGAUGCUGGACCUGUCGUCCAACAACCUCACCGGCGUGAUACCGAAAGACCUCGGCAAGCUCUCCGCGCUCGCCGGCACGCUUAACCUCUCCCACAACCACCUCUCCGGCGGGGUGCCCCUCGAGCUCGGUCGCCUCCCGGCCACCGUCACGCUCGACCUCCGCUUCAACAACCUCUCAGGCGAGAUCCCGCAGUCCGGCUCCCUCGCCAGCCAGGGCCCCACCGCGUUCCUCAACAACCCGGGGCUCUGCGGCUUCCCGCUGCAGGUCCCCUGCCGCGCCGCUCCUCCGUCGUCGUCGUCGUCGUCGUCGUCCCUACCUCCUCCGUUGUCCUCUGGCGGCGGCGCGGGCGGUGCACGGCAGCCGAUCAAGACCAGCCUCAUCGUGCUCAUCUCGGUGGCCGACGCGGUGGCCGUCGCGUUGGUCGGUGCCAUCGCGGUCUACGUGUACUGGAAGGUCUGUGACCGGCGCCGGGCCGCCAAAGAAGACAAAGGCGGCGACGACGACGACGACGAGGAAGGGCGCGGCCUGUUCCCUUGCCCGUGCUGCAUUCGCGGCGACUACGCAUGCGGCGACUCGUCCUCGUCCUCGGAGUGCUCCGAGCACGACGGGAAGUGCAACGGUGGCGGAGGAGGAACCGAGGAGGGCGGCGAACUGGUGGCGAUCGACAAGGGGUUCAGGAUGGAGCUGGACGAGCUGCUGAGGUCGUCGGCGUACGUGCUGGGCAAGGGCGGUAAGGGGAUCGUGUACAAGGUGGUGGUGGACAACGGCACGACGCCCGUGGCCGUGCGCCGGCUCGGCGGUGGCGCCGCGGCGCCCGAGCGGUAUCGGGAGUUCGCCGCGGAGGCAGGCGCCAUCGGGCGCGUGCGCCACCCCAACGUCGUAAGGCUGCGCGCCUACUACUGGUCCGCCGACGAGAAGCUCGUCGUCACCGACUUCAUCAACAACGGCAACCUCGCGACGGCGUUGCGCGGCCGGUCCGGGCAGCCAACCCUAUCAUGGACCCUACGACUGCGGAUCGCCAAGGGUGCGGCGCGCGGGCUUGCGCACCUCCACGAGUGCAGCCCACGGCGGUUCGUCCAUGGCGAGGUGAAGCCCUCCAACAUCCUGCUGGAUGCCGACUACAACGCGCUCGUCGCCGACUUCGGCCUCACUCGCCUCCUCACCAUCGCCGGCUGCACCGACGUUUACUCCGUGGCGGGGUCCGGCGGCAUCAUGGGCGGCGCGCUGCCGUAUGCUAGGCCCGCCGCCGCCGUGAUGGAUCACAAGUCCAGCGCAUAUCGUGCCCCUGAGGCACGCACGCUGGGGGGCUCACAACCGCCGAGCCAGAAGUCCGACGUGUACUCGUUCGGCGUCCUGCUACUGGAGUUGCUCACGGGGAAGUCGCCGGCGGAGCAUGCCGCGCCGCCGUCCGUAUCGUCCUCGUCGUCGGUGCCGCCAUCCCUGCCGGCGGGUCAGAAUGGGCAGCGGGAGCUAGAGCAAUUACAAGCUCCGGAGCUCGUGAGGUGGGUGCGGCAGGGGUUCGAGGACGUGCGGCCGCUGUCGGAGUUGGCUGAUGCCACCUGCCUCAGGGACGCCGCCGCACGGAAGGAGGUUGUCGCGGCGUUCCACGUCGCGCUAGGGUGCGUUGAGGCAGACCCGGAGCGACGACCACGGAUGAAGGCCGUGUCCGAGAGCCUUGACAAGAUUGGGGCUUGACUUUUUCACUGCCGGGAUCGGAAAUGGUGGAGUAGUUUUAUAUUUUUGUUCGUAAUUAUACCUGUCAUCGUUAUUGCUUUUCUUUCUUUAUUUUUCAUUUCCUCCCCUUGGAUGCAAGGAUUGUUGAAAUAUAUAUACGCUAGGAGCCGGGACCGGAUUUGUUGCUUUGAUAUCCUUGAUUUUGUGGAGUUGUGUUCUUA